AUGGUCGGCCCGACUGCAUCACUCUCAACCCUUAGCCGCGCCGAUGGCUCCGCUUCCUUCAAAUGUUCGACGACAGGAUACAAGAUCCUGGGCUCGGUCAAUGCUCCCGUGGAGCUGCCCGCUCGUCGCGAUGCCCUCAAGCCCGAGGAAGCGACCGUGGAAGUCUUUGUCAAGCCUGGGAAUACUACCGCGGGUGUGGGUGAACGUUAUGUGGAAGGCAUUAUCCGGACAAUGCUCCAGAAAGUGAUUCUGGGACGCGAACGAGGAUUCCCUCGCCGGGGAGUGGUGAUCACUCUGGCAAUCGUUGGUGGUGACGCCGUUGCACGGGGAGAUUCGUACCUUACACUCCUGCCCGCAUUGCUUCAAACCUCGCUGCUUACCUUGCUGUCGGGGGCCGUGCCAAUGUCCAUGACCUUCUCCACUGUGCUGAUCGCCGUCUCCAAGACUGGCGAUAUUGUCAGCAGCCCGACUCUGGUAGACGCCAAGGCAGCUUCUUCCCUGCACGUUCUCGCAUUCUCUUCCAAGGGCCAUCUUCUCUUGAACGAGAGUCAGGGUCGCUUCGGCUUUGAGACUUGGGAGUCUGUCCGACUGCGUGCCCACACCAUUUGCCGGGGCAUCGACUUGCCCGAAAACGACGGAGACAUUGCAAUGGAAGGGUCAGCCGAGUCCGGUACUGUCGAGGGCUUCGUUCGUGAAACCGUAGAGGAUCAUUUGUACCGCGAUUACGCCUGGAAGAUUGACACAGAGUGA